AUGAGGACAACGACGACGACAGCGACCACAGCAACAGCGACAACGACAACGACAACGACAACGACAACGGCCACUAGUGACGACGCCGCCUCGUCGGCACAACUGCUCGUCGACGAGGCCAGUCCGGCCUCGUCCUCGACGACGACCCUUGCGCAAUCGCUCGCACCGUCAUCGUUGUCGUCAACAGCCUCUGCAGCGCACACGCUCGCGUCGGGCGGUAGCAGCGAGCACAAAUUCGGCUUUGCAAAGGACGACACCGCCUUGCAAGGCAGGAAAAACGACGACGAGGAGCAGGACACGACGAGGAUAUUUGCGAGGGACGCCGAGCACUGGAGAACGGCCGCCUCGGCAUGUCCGCGGUCUCUGUGGAAGCAUGACUGGGAGGCUGCGAGCUGCGAUGCGCCCCAGUGUCCAGUCAGGUUCGGCUACGCUUCGCUGCCGGGAUUCACUUGGACAUCGCCACCGACCACGCCGACCCACACACAUCUCGGCAGUCCGGGCAGCGUGCUCAGCAUCUCGUCCGAGUCCCCUCGCAAGCAUCUCGCCUCGUAUCAGCUGCCCCCUGGCAGUCCAGGCUCGAGCUCGCUGCGGCCGAGGCUUUCUCGAUCUCGCACCUCGUCCAAUGGCAGCAUUCACACCCAGCCGCCGACGAGCCCACGCUCAGAGGCAUCGUUUGACAGCAGGCCACCUAGCCGUGGCGCAGGAAUUUCUGCUUUUCGCAUCCAGCGCAGGCACCACUGUCGGCGCUGUGGCGGGUGUUUCUGCGCCGACCACACGGCCAAGCUCGCGCUGCUCACAAUGACAAGGCGCGACGCCAUGGUUGAGGUGGCGAAGCGGGGAAAGAAAAUUGCCUUUCCCAGGCCGCUGCUUCUGGGCAACAUCAGCGAGGACGACUGCUCCAUUCCAACAGCUGGUCACUCGCCAGUCACAGCCGUCAUGGACGACGACGACGCUGUUGCUGCUGGACCCUCUUCCGGCGCCAUGGCUGGGUCUCGGAGCACCACGGCAAUGGCGCUACUGCACUCUAUCUCGCCCGAUGUCACCGUGGCGGUCCGAACGCGAGUAUGCGACUUGUGCUUUGCCGCCGUUGAAAAGGCGCGGCUGCAGUACAUGACGAAGAAGCGCAUCGACGGCUGGGACGUAAAGACGGUCAACAGCGUGCCCUUGAGCUGGUCCGACGGUGAGGAAGAACAGGAGCAGGCAGCCUCAAUUCGUCGCAUCCACGAACAGCUGUACCAGGAGAGCAAGGCCAAGUUCCAGUCCAUUACCGAGCAGCGCCUCGGGCGGCACCGCAGCAGCCCAAACAACAACGGUGUGGAAUACAUGAGCCUGGCCAUGGCGCUGUCCGAGGCCACCUAUGAGGCCAAGCAGCGCCAGGCAAUGGAGGCCCUAGCCGCAGAGGCGCUCCCCGCUCUCGAGUCCAUGCAUCUCGCCCGUCGGCACAUGCGGUCCAGUGGCUCUAAUCGGUCCCGCGGCCGAUUCGAUUCGUCCCCUUGGGGGGUGGAAGCAUAUCACCACAACAACCACGACGACGAGCUGGGCUCGUCCGAAGAGGAGCUCGAGGCUACGCUCGACGCCCUCCGAAAGGGACUUAGUCCUGCCCGUCGCUACGGCUGGACCGGAAGCUACAAUGCGAGCUACCAUUCUACGCCUCGCUCUCACAGCCCACUCAAGCCUGAAGAGGACAGCAGCCAGCAGAGCGCGAGUAAAAAACCACCUACGACGGCCAUGGGCCAUCUGCGCCUGCUGAGGAAGUACGAGAGCAGCAGCAACUCGUACGACGUCUCCGAACGGCGCUGGAACCCCGACCUUGUCACGUCCAAGGCGGGUUGGCGCAUCGACUCAACUGCUCCCAAACAUAUCCAGAGGCCUGGCACCCGCCGCCGCAAGACAGCUGUCAACCGCUGGACGUGCCGAGGGCAGUCCGGCCUCGCUACCAAUCCAGAUUCCUCGACACCGUAA